CGGCGAGGCGGCGGGACGAUGGCCGAGCCCUCGGACAGGCUCUACCGCGCAGAGUACGCCAAGAGCGGGCGCGCCUCGUGCAAGAAAUGCGGCGAGAGCAUCCCCAAGGACUCGCUGCGCAUGGCCAUCAUGGUGCAGUCACCCAUGUUCGAUGGCAAAGUCCCGCACUGGUACCACUUCUCCUGCUUCUGGAAGGUGGGCCACUCUAUCCGGCAACCUGACGUCGAAGUGGAUGGCUUCUCUGAGCUGCGAUGGGACGACCAACAGAAAGUCAAGAAGGCUGCAGAGGCCGGAGGAGUGACAGGCAAAGGCCAGGAUGGAAUCGGCAGCAAGGCAGAGAAGACGCUGGGUGACUUUGCUGCAGAGUACGCCAAGUCUAACAGAAGCACGUGCAAGGGGUGCAUGGAGAAGAUCGAGAAGGGCCAGAUGCGCCUAUCCAAGAAGAUGCUAGACCCAGAGAAGCCACAGCUAGGCAUGAUCGACCGCUGGUACCAUCCAGACUGCUUUGUCAAGAACAGGGAAGAGCUGGGCUUCCGGCCUGAGUACAGUGCCAGCCAGCUCAAAGGCUUCAGCCUCCUCGCCGAAGAGGAUAAAGAAGCCCUGAAGAAACAGCUCCCAGGGGUCAAGAGUGAAGGAAAGAGGAAAGUCGAUGAAGUGGAUGGGACAGAUGAAGUGACCAAGAAGAAAUCUAAGAAAGAAAAGGACAAGGACAGUAAGCUGGAAAAGGCCCUCAGGGCCCAGAAUGACCUAAUCUGGAAUAUCAAGGAUGAGCUAAAGAAAGCAUGUUCAACAAAUGACCUGAAAGAGCUGCUCAUCUUCAAUAAGCAGCAGGUGCCAUCCGGUGAAUCUGCGAUCUUGGACCGAGUGGCUGACGGUGUGGCAUUCGGGGCGCUCCUCCCCUGUGAGGAGUGCUCGGGCCAGCUGGUCUUCAGGAGCGAUGCUUACUACUGCACUGGGGAUGUCACUGCCUGGACCAAGUGCAUGGUUAAGACACAGACACCUCGUCGAAAGGAGUGGGUGACCCCAAAGGAAUUCCGAGAAAUCUCUUACCUGAAGAAAUUGAAGGUCAAAAAGCAAGACCGGAUCUUCCCCCCCGAGGCCAGCGCCCCUGUGGCCAUGGCGCCCCCAGCCUCCUCAUCCUUGAAGCCAGCUGCUGUGAGCUCCUCUGCCACAGCAGAUAAGCCCCUGUCCAACAUGAAGAUCCUGCUGCUUGGGAAACUCUCUUGUAACAAAGAUGAAAUGAAGGCUAAAGUCGAGAAGCUCGGGGGCAAGCUGACGGGGUCAGCCAACAAGGCCUCCCUGUGCAUCAGCACCAAGAAGGAGGUAGAAAAGAUGAGUAAGAAGAUGGAAGAAGUAAAGGAAGCCAACGUCCGUGUUGUGUCUGAGGAUUUCCUCCAGGAUGUCUCCACUGCAACCAGGGCCCUGCAGGAGCUGUUCUCGGAGCACAUCUUGUCCCCUUGGGGGGCAGAGGUGAAGGCAGAGCCUGUGGAAGUCGAGGCCCCAAAGGGGAAGUCAGGGACUGUGCUCCCCAAGAAGAGCAAGGGCGCCCCCAAGGAGGAAGGUAUCAAGUCUGAAAAGAGAAUGAAGUUAACUCUUAAAGGAGGAGCAGCUGUGGAUCCUGACUCUGGUCUGGAACACUCAGCACAUGUCCUGGAGAAGGGUGGGAAGGUCUUCAGCGCGACCCUCGGCCUGGUGGACAUUAUCAAAGGGACCAACUCCUACUAUAAGCUGCAGCUUCUGGAGGACGACAAGGAAAGCAGGUACUGGAUAUUCAGGUCCUGGGGCCGUGUGGGCACUGUGAUUGGUAGCAACAAACUGGAGCAGAUGCCAUCCAAAGAGGAUGCAAUUGAGCACUUCAUGAAAUUAUAUGAAGAAAAGACUGGGAAUGCCUGGCACUCCAAAAACUUUACAAAGUAUCCCAAAAAGUUCUACCCUCUGGAGAUCGACUAUGGCCAGGAUGAAGAGGCAGUGAAGAAGCUGACAGUAAACCCUGGCACCAAAUCCAAGCUCCCCAAGCCGGUGCAGGAGCUCAUUAGGAUGAUCUUCGACGUGGAAAGUAUGAAAAAAGCCAUGGUGGAGUACGAGAUCGACCUUCAGAAGAUGCCCUUGGGGAAGCUAAGCAAAAGACAGAUCCAGGCUGCAUACACCAUCCUCAGUGAGGUCCAGCAGGCACUAUCCCAAGACAGCAGCGACUCCCAGAUCCUGGAUCUCUCAAAUCGCUUCUACACCCUGAUCCCCCAUGAUUUCGGGAUGAAAAAGCCCCCACUGCUGAACAACGCAGACAGUGUGCAGGCCAAGGUGGAAAUGCUAGACAACCUCCUGGACAUCGAGGUGGCCUAUAGUCUGCUGAGAGGUGGGUCUGAUGAUAGCAGCAAGGACCCCAUUGAUGUCAACUAUGAGAAGCUCAAAACUGACAUUAAGGUGGUUGACAGAGAUUCCGAGGAAGCUGAGAUCAUCAGGAAGUAUGUGAAGAACACACAUGCAACUACACACAAUGCAUACGACUUGGAGGUGGUCGAUAUCUUUAAGAUCGCUCGGGAAGGGGAGAGCCAACGCUACAAGCCCUUCAGGCAGCUCCACAACCGCAAGUUGCUGUGGCACGGGUCUAGGACCACCAACUUUGCCGGGAUCCUGUCCCAGGGCCUGCGGAUAGCCCCACCUGAAGCGCCUGUGACAGGCUACAUGUUUGGGAAAGGCAUCUAUUUCGCUGACAUGGUCUCCAAGAGCGCCAAUUACUGCCACACAUCUCAGGGAGACCCAAUAGGCUUAAUCCUGUUGGGAGAGGUAGCCCUUGGAAACAUGUACGAACUGAAGCAUGCUUCUCAUAUCAGCAAGUUACCCAAGGGCAAGCACAGCGUCAAAGGUUUGGGAAAAACAACCCCUGACUCCUCGGCUAGUAUUACUCUGCAGGGAGUCGAGGUUCCCCUCGGCACAGGGAUCUCAUCAGGUGUUAAUGACACCUGCCUGCUGUACAACGAGUACAUUGUCUACGACAUCGCUCAGGUGAACCUGAAGUAUCUGCUGAAACUGAAGUUCAACUUCAAGACAUCCCUGUGGUGAACUCAGAGGUGUUGCCGAGGCUCGUGCAGGGACACCAGCUCCAGGGCUCCUGACGUCCUCAUGUGGGCAGCCUCGCAGACCUCAGCUGGUUGCUGAUGGCUGUUACCUUUACUCAGUCUCCACAGAGAGGAUUUUAUAUGAACAGGUUAAAAGGUUCCUCCCAACUUUGCAAAUCCUUGGUUUUGUGCUGUAGCUGACGGGGAUGGGGGGCUACUCCGCCAGGCACGGUCCUGGUAGACGCAGCUGACAACCAAGGAAACACUGGGAAAGGUUUUAAGGUUUCUGUUCACUUUGUUCACCUAGACUAGUCCUGUGGAGAAGCUGGGCCACGUUACAGCCUCUGCCUUACUGGCUUCCCCAGAGAAGGAAAUGUGCUUCCACUCUUUUCUAAGUGUUCGUUUUUAGUUUUGAUAUUGGCAAAAUGUUAAGCAUUUAUUUUGAGCUGAAAAUAAAAACUAAUUUCAUACUAUUUAGAUUUUCUUCAUCUUGUACUUAUUGUCCUCUUUUUAGUUUUGGGAUUUUGUGUUAUUUUGCCUUUCAGUGAUAGAUAAUGGGGAGACCAAAAGGAAGAAUAUUAAUUUCUCUUAGAAAAUGAGAGCUUUCUCUCUUUUCUAGAAAUAGAGCGUAGAAGCUCUCUGAAUGUGUGAUACAGUCAGUUAAAAGUUGCACUUGGAAUUCUUGAUUCACCUAUGAGUGAUUUUUGUCUUCUAGAUUAAAAUCAUCUGUAAUCACCAAUGUAGCUACCCAAGGGCCGAUGGUCGUUCUCCAUUAAAUACAAAUCCUUCUGUGCUGCU